AUGUCUACUUCAGAGACUGGUGUGGGAUGUAUUAGCGAAGUUACACUUGCUAUUAGUAAAGCAAGGACUUCUCAAGCAGGAUCCAUAAGGGUACUCGACAGUCCUGAUUCAGAUGGAUCUGGCCAUUCGAACUCGUUUUCCAUUCAACGAUUUAAUUAUCCUAAUGAAAAUACAAAUUCUAACAUUCUUCCACCCCCCUUAACAAACAAUGACUUAAGAAUACCUAUUGUUGGAUAUGAAGUUAUGGAAGAGAGAGCUAGAUUUACAGUAUACAAACUUCGUAUAGAAUUGAAGAAUGGUGAUUGUUGGUUUGUCUUCAGAAGAUACACAGAUUUUGUACGCUUAUUUGCUCAAUUGAGAAGACAAAAACUUCCGAUCUCUCAUUUAUCUUUACCACAAAAGAAAUGGCUGGGUGACAAUUUUGCACCUAGUUUUCUAGAAGAAAGGAUACGUGGUCUGCAAGCAUUUGUUAAUGGGAUAUUAAGUAAUCCCAUUCUCAUAGGUAGCGCUUGCGUUAGACAAUUUUUUUGUCUAGACGAACCACCUGCGUUAUCUGAUACUGCAGAAGAAUCUAGGGCAAUAUUUGAAGCGAUGGAAGACACGAUAUAUCAUUUAAGACAACAACUUAGAGAACGAGAUAAUGCAUUGGCAGCAGAAUCCGCACUUUGCAAUGAAUUACAAAAAAAUCUACAUCAAAUGUUGAGCGAAAGGCAAAUCUGUUCUAAGUGUGGCGCAAAUCAAUAAAUUCCUCUAAAAAUUAGAUGGAUUUUAUUAUAUAUUUAUUAGAAUUUUUUGGAGAGAUCUCUACGUAAAGGAUAUGCUGUUUAAGGAUUUACAUAGUUUAUAACGUCCUUGCAGCAAAUGUAAAAUUUGUAAUUUCGUUGUGCAUUCUUAAUAUUUAAGGUUACAAUUAAUUCAGUAUAGAAGAAAUUUUUUAAGUAUUCUUAAUGUUAAUAUUUAUGAAGAUAUUUGCACAUAUUUUAUAAUAUUUAUACGAAUCGUUCUAGUGAGUGAAUUGUAAUUUUUUUUAUUACAUUUUUAUUAUUUAUCAUUAUAAUAAGAUUUAAAAGACAAUACAGUAUGUAAGAAUGUUUUUUUUUUUCUUCUUUUUUUUUCGAGCGAGUCAUUAUACACGAAUUGAUGUUAAGAAUAUAAUAUACAUUGAAAGUUGUUAAAAAUAAAAUGAAUAUAAAAGUUUA